ACGAUCUUCGGCCGUCUGUCCGAUGGAAACGGAUCCAUCUGGGUUUGGUCGCGUCUCGAUUUCUGUCUCCGCCACCGACACGGAGGCACCGACGCGCCGCUAACCGCAGGAUCCACCGGCGGUACUGAAACAAAACGACAACAGAAACAGAAACAGAGAGGGUGUGUGUGUUUUUCUUCCUCCCCUCUCUGGAGCCGAAGUGAUGUCUGUCGCGGGGCUGAAGAAGCAGUUUCAUAAAGCCACUCAGAAAGUCAGCGAGAAGGUCGGCGGGGCGGAGGGGACCAAGUUAGACGAUGACUUCAAAGAAAUGGAAAAGAAGGUGGACAUCACCAGCAGAGCGGUGUUGGACAUCAUGACCAAAACUACAGAAUACCUCCAGCCUAAUCCAGCGUCCAGAGCCAAGCUGAGUAUGAUCAACACCAUGUCAAAGAUCCGCGGGCAGGAAAAGGGACCUGGUUACCCGCAGGCGGAGUCGGUCCUGGGCGACGCCAUGUUCAAGUUUGGACGGGAGCUAGGAGAGGAGUCGAGCUUCGGCCUGGCGCUGAUCGAUGCCGGUGAGGCGAUGAAGGAGCUCGGGGAGGUGAAGGACGCUCUGGACAUGGAGGUCAAACAGAACUUCAUCGACCCACUGCAGAACCUCCACGACAAAGACCUCAAAGAGAUACAGCACCAUCUCAAGAAGAUGGAGGGCCGCCGUCUGGACUUUGACUACAAGAAGAAGCGGCAUGGAAAAGUCCAGGACGACGAAAUCAAACAGGCGCUCGAGAAGUUUGACGAGAGCAAAGAGAUCGCAGAGCAGAGCAUGUUCAACCUGCUGGAGAGCGAUAUAGAGCAGGUGAGCCAGCUGGCAGCCCUGGUCCAAGCCCAGUUGGAGUACCACAGCCGCGCUGCCGAAAUCCUCCAGCAGCUCUCCAGCAAGAUGGAGGACAGGAUAAAAGAAGUAUCCAGUAAACCGAGGAAGGAGUACGCUCCCAAACCUCGGAUGACCCUGGAGCUGCCGCCCCCCAGCGAGAGCCAGAACGGGGGGAUUCACUCCGCCAAGUCCCCCGGUAGAUCGCCAGCCCCGUUGGACCAGCCCUGCUGCCGAGCGCUCUACGACUUCGAGCCAGAGAACGAAGGAGAGCUGGGCUUCAAAGAGGGCGACGUCAUCACCCUGACCAACCAGAUUGACGACAACUGGUACGAGGGCAUGAUCAAUGGCCAGUCGGGCUUCUUCCCCAUCAACUACGUGGAUAUCCUGGUGCCGCUCCCUCAUUAGGCCCCGGACAAUGACCUGAUCCUUCCCCCUUCGACCAAUCCAGACACCCCCCCCUGAAAAAACAGCCUGUAUUUGCAUAAACAACAAACCACGUCCUCCUUCUACUUCUUCUCCUUCUUCUUCUGUGCUUCUGUGCCAUUCUGCUUUCACAAAGAGGACGAGAGAGGAGCCGGAGUUGGGCUGGACGAGACCGGGCGGUGAUUAGCCGCGAGGAGGAUUUUAAGGGUGAUGGGAUGAAGAAGAGUGUGAUUGGAAAGAGACGCAAAGAACGAAGAGAUGGUGAUCUUUUUACGGCACAUUGCUCGGGCCGGCCAGCAAUGGAUACCAGUGAGGCUCUGGAGACUGGAGAAACGAGGCACGGUGUUUGCGUACGUGCAUGUAUGUGUCUUAAUGUGCUUCGACCUGUUCUUACUCUGUUACGAUCAAGCCAGCACAAGUUCCCGCUCAUCAGUUAAACCCCGGACAGCCUUUUUGGCGAAAAAACGCCUUCUUCCUCUCUUAUAACUUACCCUGCCAUCUCUCUCUCUCUCUGACUAAUUCUGUCUCUUCUACCUUUUGCUUUCUUGUGCUUUUCAAGAGCCCGAGAACUGUCACAGUCUUCCCCACGACCUCCUUUCUGUCCCAGCUUUGUGUCUUGGCUAGCACUGCCUUUUCGCAUGGCUCCAUGCUGAGUACAGACCACUAACCCACGAUCCAGAGCUGCAGUUGGUCAUCAGACCCUUCUGUUUAUAUCUGAGUACAUCUCGGAACUCUUUCGAGCACUUCUUCUAACAUACCUGUCCUCUUCCUUUCUUGGGGGCUGCAGUGAAUCUCAGCUCAGUGGCUGUUAGCAUGAACCAGUCGGUCCAAAAAUUUGAGCGACGGUAAGAGUUUCCGGGGGUGUAUCUUUGGAAUCAAGCCGUAUCUGCAACACGCAGAAUUUUCCAGGGUAGAGACGAGAAUACUCGUCUUGAAAUUACCUAAUAAUGGGAGGUCUGACAGCAGCACCGUUUACUUGACAGCAGUGAUAUGCUAACACAACCAGCACAGGCCAAUCGAACUAAACAGAACUUUUCAACAGGUUGGUAAACUUAAACAGAUCAUUCACUGGGGAAAAAAAAUCUUUUUCUCCGUGUAUGAAUCCAAGUUUCCCGUCCACAGUGUUUUUCGUGUAUUGUGCGGAGUAGAUGCUUGUUGAUUCGUCUUAUUUGUAGCUUUUGCAUGCAGGGCCGUGUGAACAGUGGUAGCCGUUCUGAAACGCCCAUGUUAUAUUCAUUAUUGUCUUAACUCCAGCCCAUAAGAACCCAAUUUCUUCCAAUGUUCAAACGUGUCGCUUUCAACUGCCUUGCAAAAGGGCACAUCAGUUGUUGACGGACAUCAAAUGCCAUGAUCGCCUGGGGAAACUCACACAACGGAAAUGCUCAAUUGUAAAGGUCGGUCCAUCAGCUGUGUUUCUGUCAGUUGAAAAUAUUCUAGACUCUUAAGACACAUUAUAGCAUUUGCCCAGUGCCCUUGAUUCUGCUUGGCACCCAAAGAAAGUUGUGGAAAACUGUCUUGAAUAGUCCUGAAAACUGGAAAUAUAUGACCUCAUCUGCUGUAAUUAUGAGUGUUGGUAAAAUUCUUCAGCCUCAGUAUUACUGUAAAGGUCGUCCACACUCUUGAGCCCUUCCAAACAUUCCACAACGUUGUCAAGGUCCACCCAAUGUUCUAGAAACAUUUGUUCCUUCCAGAAUGUUGGCGACAUGCUGUAAUGUGCCAUUCAUUUUGAAACACUUGGGAACUUUCCUUCUAUGACAUUGGUGACAGUCGAGAACUUCAGCGAUCAACGGGGUUCUUCUCGUCUAAAAGACCCUGAAGAGCUCAGACCAUCGCGAAAACCCUCAACACUGAGGAAUUGACAGAGGGUUCCGAACCUUCCAGAUAUGCUCUUGUUGUUCUCUCUAAACAGUCAUUGGGAUAGAGUGUAAAAUCAUAUUUGAAUAUUCCACAGUGAACUGGUUUGGUCAGUGUUGGUGGGAACUAUUAGUCAUUCUAGUUUCCUGGAGUGUGCGUCUCAUACAGGACAAAGUGGGACUUGUGGGAUUUGUACAUGUACCUUUGUGUCCACAUUCGUCAGCAGUGUUCUUUGUGAGGCAGUAUUGAUGAGCCCACUCCGAGACCUUACUGCUCUUUGAUAAUGCAAGUAUUUGUCACUGAUGCUAGAUUAAACACAACUACCUUUGACAGACAGUGCUGACCAUCAGUUCACGUAAUAACUGAAUGAACCAAAAUUUUGGAGAUGAUGACAAAGACGCCCACCUUCUUUUCCUGAUGGGUUCUUAUCAGUCAUGACUCUUAAUUUCACCGUUGUUGCCCCUUAUUCACAGUAUUACCUGUAACUAAGCAACCAACCACAGAGAAGGCAAUCUGCUCCCUGUUUACACGGGCACACACACACACACAUGACCAGUGUAUGAUAAUGGUCAUGUGAUAUAUACGCUUUCUGGUUUUCAGAGAUUGUUUUUGACACGGCGCUCAAACACUCGUCUGGACAGGUUGUUUUCGUGUGGACGUGGCCAAAGUGUCACAAGCUACUGUUUUGACUAAGUCGCGACUGUAUAUCAUCAAAAACAGUUGUCAGUUGAAGACAUAAUGUCUGAGACACAUUGUUUGUGUUUCUAUGGGUCAGGCCAUGAAAUGAGUCAACUCGUGCCGUGUUAUUUCACAAGAGUAAUAACUUACCAGGUUUUAAGCAGAGAAAAACGUUUUGUAACAUUUAUAAAAAAGUAAUAAAGAUGAGGAUAACACUUGUUUUUAAAAAGAGGAUUGAAUAUCAGCCGUUAAGGAUCAUUGAUUACAAAGGCAAUUUAUGGUGAUAAACAAUAAAAUCCAAUGUUUCAAUAAAAGGAAGAGAUGGUUCUGAAAGAUAUCUGUCAAAUAUCUAGCUAGCUAGUAGAUAGAACAACGUAGACCGCGCAGCUAGCGUCCUCUAGCUACUAGCUACUAGCUAGCUCAGACGUCUCCUCCAUUGCCAAAGCACAUUUAUGUGACGACGACAACAACAACAACAGCAACAACUACACAAGUCGACACCAGGUGAUCGUCUCUGCUUCGUCGCUGUUCCCGCCGCACACCUGCUUCUCUGUACCUGUCGCAGGUCGCUGCAAAAGACGAGAGUUCGGACCACAGCUGAGUCCGAUGUUCCUUGUUUUUGUCCUCGUGCGUGUCUGUGAGUCCGCCUGUGGAAAGUCUGUGAGCUGCAUGCAACAGAACCGCUUCACGUCUGGUUCUCCGAAAACAAUAACGAGGAAGAUCUUUGUUUUCUAUUUCCCAGUUACUUUGUCUGUGUUGUAUUUUUAAUUAUGUUUCACUUGCUUAAGCUAUAUUUGUUUAGCGCUCCUCUUCAAAUUACAAAGUGCUUUGAGACUUUUCUUAAUGUUUGAACCUAUUUCGCAGCUUUCCUCGUUGCUCUUUGUCUUGUCUCUUCGUGUUUUCUUUACGCGCUGAUUUGCCCUCUAUGGCGACAUGUAUUCUAACCUCAAUGAGGAACUUGUACAGUGUCACCCUCGUUUUUCCCCUUUUCUCCUCGAUGAGAGUCAGACCUCGGGCCACGUUACCUCCCCAGUUCGAUCGAGUCAGCGCUCAAAACCAAACCUGCAGACCGAUGCUUCGCACAGUGACUCUCAAAGCAGAAAUACUCUCUUUUUUGGGCCAAAACUUGAGAAGAGUCUUUAAGUUCGGGUGCCACUGAAUACUAAAUGUUGCUUUUUAAUUCAGACAGUAAAGCGACCUUGCCUCCAUAAUCCUUUUAAGAUCAUACAAAGGCUCAUGGUCUUUGUAGUUAAAGUUUCAGAACAGCUUUGGAGUUAAAGCAAACUGAAGGUAUUGUGAAUCUAACUCUUGUGUCUGAAUGUUAAAUGUGAAGGCACAGCCAGGACGCGGUUCGUUUAGCUUAGCUUAGCAUAAAGACUGGAAACGGGGGAAACGACUAGCCUUGCUCUGCCUAUCUUUUAAGCUCACACAGUGGAUGAACAUGAUUAAUCUUCUUUGUUUAAUCCGCACAAAAAAAACCUAAUGUGCAAAAAUGUUGAGUAGAGUACUUUUGUUUUUAAAUUCAAAAGAUUUAAGAGAUGAAAUAAUUUGUUUCCUGUGAAGUCACCUGCUGACCUCAUGGAUCAGGAAUACAUUUUAAAAUACAUAUUUAUUUUCCUAUUUUGUAUAUAUUUGUUCCCUUCGUAUAUUAAGCGCUGAUAAAGAUGACUUCUGCUCUGAGAGCUGCUCUGCUUCAGUGAAACGUCUGCGGAGCUGAUGAAGGUGAUAUUCCCGCGGUGUGACGAUGGGGCCCGGCUCUGACCGGUGGCGUGUUCCAACCCGGUGUCUUCAGCGGGUGUGUGUAUUUGAGCAUAAUGCACACCUCGUUGCUAUUUAUUUAUGUAUUGUAUGUAUUAAGUUGGUUAUUUAUUUAUUUAUUUAUUGCUGCGUCCUACCUUUCGGAUGGCCAUCAUGCGGUGUAUUUGACGGUUGUCUGUACAUUGGGGUAUGAUGUGGGGUGGGUGGGGAGUGAGGGGGUAAUUUUUGGUAGAGGGGUUCUGGUCAGUGGAAAAAAACCUAGCUGUGAUACUAACUAACUGUUGCUCUCCUCGUACUGGACGGUGAUAUUAUCUGAGACCACUGUAUGUAUAACUGCUUGUCGUGAAAAUGAACUACAAUGUAAUGACAAUAAAGAAUUAACACUAUGUUGACAUGCUUCA